CCCACCUCUCCUCCCGCAACCAACGCGGCGGCACAAUGCAACGCGGUGGGAGGCAGGCUUGGCUCUCCUGCUCCAGGAAGCGAAGCGGCUGCCCCUCCCUCUGGAUCACACAGGGUUUUUGCAGUAGUGGUGACAGCCGGAUUGGGCACCGGGGAAGCAGUUGAUUCCUCUACUGCCCGCAGCCCAGAGUUGCCUACGCUGCCCCGAAAGGGGGAGAGGAGAGAGAGAGAGAGAGAGAGAGAGAGAGAGAGAGAGAGAGAGAGAGAGAGAGAGAGAGAGAGAGAGAGAGAGAGAGAGAGAGAGAGAGAGACUUAUAAAACCUCCCGUCCAUGUGGAGUAGUCUGAGCGAAUCACUGCCCACCGUCUGCGGACUCCAACUGCACUUAGUUUUCGUCUCUGCCGGGGGCACGUCUGCUGAUCUUUCAAGCCAAGUCGCCAGGACUUAACAUCUCCCCACCGGCAGGGAAGGCAAGGAGUUGGCAAGAAUUUGGCUCACUCAUUCUGUGGCAAUUCUCUACUGUCCUGGUGUACCAGCCUUCCGCCAUGACUGACACCGUGGUGAACCGAUGGAUGUACCCUGGUGAUGGCCCACUUCAGUCAAAUGACAAGGACCAGCUGCAGGCAGGAUGGUCCGUCCAUCCUGGAGCACAGACCGACAGGCAGAGGAACCAGGAAGAGCUGACAGAUGAGGAGAAGGAGAUCAUCAACCGGGUGAUCGCUCGGGCGGAGAAGAUGGAGGCGAUGGAACAGGAGCGCAUUGGGCGCCUGGUGGACCGUCUGGAGAACAUGAGGAAGAAUGUGGCCGGGGAUGGUGUGAACCGCUGCAUUCUGUGUGGAGAGCAGCUGGGCAUGCUGGGCUCUGCCUGUGUCGUGUGUGAAGACUGUAAGAAGAAUGUCUGCACCAAGUGUGGCGUUGAGACCUCCAAUAACCGCCCGCAUCCAGUAUGGCUCUGUAAGAUCUGCCUUGAGCAGAGGGAGGUCUGGAAGCGCUCAGGAGCAUGGUUCUUCAAGGGUUUCCCCAAACAAGUCCUUCCACAGCCCAUGCCUAUAAAGAAGACCAAGCCCCAGCAGCCUGCUGGUGAGCCUGCCGCCCCGGAGCAGCCUACAGCCCGGGCUCCAGCUCGAGGUUUGAGGAGGGCUAACUCAGUCCAGGCCUCCCGCCACACCCCGGCCUCAAUGCCAAGCCAGGCAUCUCCCCAACCUGUGCAGCCAGGGGCCCCUGGGGGCAGCAGGGCCGCUCCUGGGCCAGGACGCUUUCCAGAGCAGAGUGCAGAGGCUCCUCCAAGUGACCCUGGCUAUCCAGGGGCUGUCGCCCCAGGCCGGGAGGAGAGGACAGGACCUGUGGGGGGCUUCCCGUCGUCAGCUCCCCACCCUGCAGGCCCCUAUUCCCAGGCGGCCCCUGCCCGCCAGCCACCACCUGCAGAGGAGGAGGAGGAGGAGGCCAACAGCUACGACUCUGAUGAAGCAACCACACUGGGUGCCCUGGAAUUCAGCCUUCUCUAUGACCAGGACAACAGCAACCUGCAGUGUACCAUCAUCAGAGCGAAGGGACUGAAGCCCAUGGACUCCAAUGGCUUGGCGGAUCCAUAUGUGAAGCUGCAUCUGCUGCCUGGCGCCAGCAAGUCCAACAAGCUGCGUACGAAGACCCUGCGCAACACGCGGAACCCCGUGUGGAAUGAGACACUGCAGUACCACGGCAUCACGGAGGAGGACAUGCAGAGAAAGACGCUCAGGAUCUCCGUGUGUGACGAGGACAAAUUCGGCCACAAUGAGUUCAUUGGUGAGACCAGGUUCUCACUCAAAAAGCUGAAGCCUAACCAGAGGAAAAAUUUCAACAUCUGCCUCGAGCGGGUGAUCCCGAUGAAGCGCGCAGGGACCACUGGGUCAGCCCGUGGCAUGGCACUCUACGAGGAGGAGCAGGUGGAGCGAAUCGGCGAUAUAGAGGAACGUGGAAAGAUCCUGGUGUCCCUCAUGUACAGCACACAGCAGGGCGGCCUCAUUGUGGGCAUUAUCCGCUGUGUGCACCUGGCCGCCAUGGACGCCAAUGGCUACUCAGACCCUUUCGUCAAGCUCUGGCUGAAACCAGACAUGGGGAAGAAAGCCAAGCACAAGACUCAGAUUAAAAAGAAAACGCUGAACCCUGAGUUUAAUGAGGAGUUUUUUUACGACAUCAAGCACAGCGACCUGGCCAAAAAGUCCCUGGAUAUCUCAGUGUGGGACUACGACAUCGGCAAAUCUAACGAUUACAUCGGAGGCUGCCAGCUGGGGAUCUCGGCCAAAGGUGAGCGCUUGAAACAUUGGUACGAAUGUCUGAAGAACAAGGACAAGAAGAUUGAACGCUGGCACCAGCUGCAGAACGAGAACCACGUGUCGAGUGAUUAGGACCUAGUGCCCCAGUGCCCCCAUCUCCGCCCCAGCUGGUCUCCCCUCUCAGAGCCGCCCUUGCUACCCUUGAGCCUUUGAUAUCUCCCCCACUUCAGACUGCUGCCAAAGACCCGCUCCCUGGGCUGCAGGGUCUGUAUGCGAGCCCUCUCUGGUCCCUGGGAUGGGGAUGGGGGUGGGGGUGGGAGUGGAGAGAUGUUUACAAAGGGGCUUGCUCUGAUCUUGAACACAUACAAGGUCAUUCCCUGUGUCCUGUCUACGUGUCCCCUUGGGCAUCGGCAGGCCCUCAGCCUGUAAGGACCAGCUCAGGGGCAGAAAUUGUACAUCGAGGCCGCCUCUGUCCCCCCACCCCAAAACACUCCAGAACAAAACAGACCCACCCUCGACUCUAGACACACAGGAUACACAGAGGGCCUGCACCCCUUCCUCCAGGAAGAUGCCCAUCUGCUUCUUAGGAAAACGAAUCCCCCGCUCGCUCUCCCAGCACCACCCUCUCCUGGCUCAUCUUCCACCCUAACAUUGCCCCUCAUCCACCCUUACGCCCCCCCUGCCCUACUGUCUCUCUCCUACUCUCCCCUCCACAAUGGAGGAUGUGAGACAGAGCCUCACCCUGCCCCUGUGCCGGUGCCCCUCGCCAGCCUAGUCAGCAACCUCACAAGCUGGAUAAACCUGGGCCCCACACCUCUGAAGUCACAUCUCCUGUUGGCAUGCCUGGCUGUCCUCGGGCCUGGGGUCUGCAGCGGGCACAGCCUGGGCGCAUGGCAGCCGCCUUCUAGCACUGUAGAUACCUUGAGGUCCAGGAUCUCUUUCUCGUCCCUGGUUCCCCAAAUGGGCACAGGUGGCACAGAGCUCUGGAUCUGAGGGGACCUCCUCCCAGGCCCCAUGCUUCUCCCUUCUUCUACUCUUCGGCAAUGAACAAAGGAACCGGCCCCCACUCCCACUCAGAGCCACCUCUGUUCUGUCUCUCUCUCUUCCCUAAGGUUCCCGGGGGCGAGCAAAUAACAGUAUUACGAACUCUAAGCAGGCCAGAACCCUCCUAGUCUAUCACAAAUCAAGAGGAAUGUGCAUCCGAGGCUGGAGUCGGGCCGUCUUCCACGCACAAGAAGAAAGUCUAGUUUUUCCCAUUUUGAUAGUCUUUCCCCGUCAGUGUCCCAAGCCCCAUCACACCCCCCUGAGGCAGUCAGACCAAGACUAAAAACUCUCAUUCCCAACUCAGUCUUGCUUGUUCCUUCCAAUGUCCCUUGGGAUGUCCCCCUGCCCUCAGGGACUCUUGUGUUGCCCUGAAGUGGCUCUCUUCUAGAAUCAGGCUCUCUGCCUGCCCCAAAGUGGCUGACAGUCCCCCACUACCACCCUCCCCCCGACCUUUGACUCUCCGUUUAGUCCCCAUGGUCCCCCCCCCACGCUCUGCCCACUUCCCUGUCAUGGUCACCCUUAGGAGAAAGCAUGCUGGCUGUGUCGUCCAAGCCUACUGCUGGUUUUGGCUCUGGUCUCGGAAUGCAGCCUGCUUGAAGCGCCCUGACGCCAUCCACCACUCAUGCACCCACCCCUUCACGUAGAACACACCCCCCCCCCCCAGGUGCAUGCACAAUGCCCACUGCCUUUACUUUGCACUAAUGUAGCCAAAAAAUAAAGUAGGAAUAUCUGGGAAAGCA